AUGAAGCUCUUCUCUAUCUUCUCCCUCUUCUUCCUUGUCUCCAGCGUCACGGCAGCCAACUUCGCCUGGGACUGCACAAAAAGCCUCGGAACAUGCCAAAACUACUGCUACGCCGCGAAAUGCGGCCGCAUGGGCCGCAGGAGGUUCACCUACGAUAGCAACUCAAAGGCCAGACCGGGACGUCGAACAGCUUCUGGAUGCAGCAGGAACCCUUGCAACAAUAAGAAAUUAAACUUCGGGAAGUUUGGCAAUUCGUGUGAUGAGUUUCCGUUUGCGAGUGUUAAGGAGGGCGGGAGGAAUGCGCAUCUGAGAUGUGUUAACAUCAAUGAGAAUAGGAGUGAGGGAGGACAGCUCCGCGGCUUCUAUAGGAAGAUCAAGAAUGGCGACAAGUUCGGUAUUACAAUCAAGAAUUACAGAAGAGCCUCAUAUUGUGCCGCCAAGCCAAAGUGUCGAAAUGACGGCGGCCAGUUCAAGUUGAAGAAUGGCAAGUUCGCUCCAUCCAGACAAGAUCUCAACGGUACGGAGGAGUUUGACCCCGGUGAGGAGGACGAGUUUGUCCUCGACGAGGCGGUAAAUGGCGAAGAAAUGGAACCACUUCCCCUGAGACAGUUGGAGACUGAUGACGGGGAGAUUCAUCUGGUUAUUGCUGAUGACCCGGAUGACCAGAUUAGUGUUGGACAUGAGAUCUGGAGUGAGAGUGCGAAUGGAGCCGUGCGGGUUGUACGAGAAAUUUUUGAGUAG